CAAGUAAUACUUACAGACAUAAGUCCACACCAAACUGCCCAUGGUCGCCGUCGCGCCCCCGCCUCCGGCGCCUCUCCCCGCCGCCGCUCGCGGCCGAAGCCGGAGCCCUCGUCGAGGCGGGCUCGAUCCCCGCCAUGGUUGCGGCGCAGCAGGCCACGCUGCACGCGCAGGUGGACCAGCUCCAGCGCCUCGUCGUCAACCCGCUCGCCCAGGAGAUGGUCAGGAGCCCCUCCCCUUUCUCCAAUCUCUGCAUCGUCGGCUCUGCGCGCAGCUCCGCGAGGCGGAGUGCGAGGCCGUGGUGGCCGUCCUCGCGCCGUGGUGGCCGUCCUCGCGCCGUAGUCGCCGUCCUCGAGCUCGUGCCGUGGUGGCCGUCCUCGAGCUCGUGCCGUGGUGGCGCGCAAUGGGUGCCGCCGAGGAUGCCGUCCAGCAGCUCGGCCUGCUCAUGGAGCUUUGGGAUGUGGUUCACCGGACACGUGGGCGAGGCGGAGGCACCGGCGUGCGUGCUCUCUCCCGUCUGCAUCUUGAGCAGCUCUGCAUCCUGUUGCAGCCGGAGCUGGGCUCCAUGACGGAUCUACUUGAUGCUCAAGAAUACUUGCUCCAGGAAGGGUGCAGACCGCCGUCUACACGAACAAGCAGAGAUACAUGCAGCUCUUCCUCUUCGUUGCUGUCCUGUACCUGACGCCGGCGACCUCGAGUAGAUCAACCUCGACCGCUGGCUGCUGCAGCGCGCCGACGGGGCAGGGCGUGAAGCCGGCGGCCUGGGCAGCUCGCCCACGCGGCGAACGGGAAGCGCGUGGAGGCGGCCAGCGGCCUGGGCAGCGCCGACCUCCAUGCCUCCAAGGUGUUUGUGCUAAUGCACUGAGAUAAUUUGGGGGUGGUUUGGGGUCAACGAGUGGGAAACAGCUAUCCCCAUACGACGUGUUUUGUCCGGACGCCCCCCAAAGCCCUCUCCAAAGUUGUAAUCCGGAUGCUAUAUGGGGGCUGCGAGUGGAGAUGCUCUUACAGUUCAAACAAA